AUAUGUGUCUUUGAGCUUUUUUUUUUUUAAGUGUCAGUUGUUUGAACCGGAUUUUUACCAGUGAUUAUAAUGAAAAAAAUGCAUGCAGCAUUUUUGUCUUUGUUAGAGCUUUUAUUUCAACUCAAGUGUGGAAGUUUUUGCUCUAAAGACUGAGCUUUCAUCCAACCUUGAUUUGCGUGGCUGCAACAUGGCUUUUUAGUUCCAUUAUGAUUUUUGGUCCCUCUACUUGGGUUUGUGACGGGGUUGUAGUAUAUGCACCAUUAUCAUGUCAGCUUUAGUUUCUUAUCCUUUUGGACUGGUUUAAUUGGUUUGACUAAGAGAAUCAUACAUGUAUUGCAGAGUCUGGAUAGGAUAAAAUGCAGGCUGCUGGAAGGCACAAAUGCACAAGAAGUUAGGGCAAUGGUUCUAGACAUGCAAGCUAGGCUAUUGCUAGACAUGCUUGGGAAAGGAAUUGAAUCGGCUUUGAUAAAUCCAUCUGCUUUGGUACAAGAACCAUGGCUGGCAAAAGGUGAAACUUUGUCCGCUAUUGAUCCUGAAGCAAUGGCUGUUGAACCCGCGCUUGUUUCAAAUAUUCAGGCUUACGUAGAUGCAGUUCUUGAUCUAGCUUCACAUUUCAUCACUCGCUUGCGGCGCUACGCUAGUUUUUGCCGCACAUUGGCCAGCCAUGCUGUUACUGCCGGCAGUGGUAGCAAUCGCAAUAUGGUGGCUAGUCCUACGCAGAGUUCGGGUUCUCCUGCAACGAAUCAGGGAGCCCCAAAUGGACCAGCAACUUCCACAGGUAACACCCAGAUGCAAGCUUGGGUUCAAGGUGCCAUUGCGAAGAUCAGUAGUACCUCUGAUGGAGUGCCUAAUUCAACUCCAAACCCCAUCAGUGGUCCAUCUUCUUUCAUGCCAAUAAGUAUAAACACAGGAACAUUUCCUGGAACACCUGCUGUUAGGCUGAUUGGCGAUUGCCACUUUCUCCAUAGAUUAUGCCAGCUUUUGCUCUUCUGUUUCUUCUUUCGGCGAACUCAGCUACCCCGUUUUGCUGGGGGUGCACAGAGAAAUACUGAUGCAAACAUGCAAAAGCCUCAGCCUGGGGCUCCUGGGAAAGUGGAGGAAAUCAGUUCUGUUUCUGUAAAACCAUCCUCAACCAUAGUGAGACCGGAGGAGGGUCAGGUAACUCGGGCCGGUCAGAUCAUACCUGGAGCAAAAGGAGUUGAGGAAGGGCCUGCUGGAAGGUCAAGAUUGGGUGCUGGAAAUGCUGGUCAGGGAUACACUUUUGAGGAGGUGAAAGUCCUUUUUCUCAUCCUUAUGGAUCUUUGCAAAAGAACAGCAACUCUGGCACAUCCCUUGCCAGUUUCUCAGGUGGGAAGCAGCAACAUUCAAGUGCGGCUGCAUUACAUUGAUGGGAAUUAUACUGUACUUCCAGAAGUUGUUGAAGCAUCUCUCGGCCCUCACAUGCAGAAUAUGCCCCGGCCUAGAGGUGCAGAUGCUGCUGGUCUGUUACUCCGAGAAUUAGAACUCCACCCUCCAGCCGAAGAGUGGCAUAGACGGAAUAUGUAUGGUGGGCCUUGGUCCGAUCCGGAUGAUGUGGGCCAUCUAGAUGAUACCCCCAAGCUAUGUAGCUCUCAUGACUCGGUCGAUUUGGGAUUGAUGGAAAGUUGUGAUGUCUAUUAUGGAGCCCAUGGCCUGUGGCCAAGGAAACGCAGAAUGUCUGAAAGAGAUGCAGCUUUUGGCUUAAACACUUCUGUGGGUCUUGGGGCAUAUCUGGGUAUAAUGGGAUCACGUAGAGAUGUUGUUACUGCUGUAUGGAAGACUGGUCUUGAUGGUGUUUGGUAUAAGUGCAUAAGAUGUUUAAGGCAGACUUCAGCUUUUGCUUCCCAAGGUGCUACAGGUCCACCUAAUCAAAAUGAGCGGGAGAGUUGGUGGAUCAGCCGCUGGGCUUAUUGCUGUCCUAUGUGUGGUGGAACAUGGGUUCGAGUUGUAUAGACGACUGAACGGACCAUGUUAUUUGUUACGUGGAUUCCAUGUUUUACUGUUCUGUAUGUGGUGAGAUCCACUGUGGAGAUGCAUAGGACAUAGCUGAUUAAUGAUCCACUGCUGAUCAUUGCUGGCAGAGUCAUGUGAUGCAGACCAAUAGUAGAAGGUUUCCAUCUUGUGGGUUGCAGCCUUGGCCUUUGGUGCUGGGGAAUGAAAUGGAGUCUAGCCUCGGCACAAGUACAUAUGACCGUUUUGAUCUGACUACGCCCUUCACUUAUUAUGUCCAUAUAUAAUGAACUCUAAGUUAUGAGCGAUUGGUGAGGGCAGUGGGUUCCUACAAGUCUGUAAACACGUAAGUUAUGUAGAUUAAUCUCUAACUCGCCAUUUGUAAUGAAGCAGUAUCAGUCUCUCCUUAUAUAGAGUAGUCACCUAGAAUAUUAUAUCGUUUUAGUCUUGUAUGAUUCCUAAUACUGUAAAAUGACAUGAAAAAAGAGAAAAAGUGAGAAACCAGAAAGAAUUAGCGGUGUGUUUGGAUGCGGGUGAAUGUUUAGGAAUUUAAUCAAAAAUAGGGA